AUGGCUCAUCCAUCAACGAGACUGAAACGGAACACGGGUCCAUGGUCAGCCCUUCGGAUCCUGAACUCCACGUCGCCCAUCAUCACAAAAGAUCUCCACGCCUUCCUGGUGACCUGCAUCUCGGGAUGGAAUGAUAGAUUCAACGAGGACGAAAAGAGUGCAAUCAUCAAUGCGCUACCGGCGAAAUAUCGCAAAUAUAAGGUCGACGAGUCUGGGAACCUCUUCUGCCCCAUCUCCGUGGAUUUCGUGCUGGACGACCCCUACGUCAAAGCUGCCAUUUGCAGGUUCAAGAAAGACAUAAGUGAGGGCUGUUAUGAGAAAGGGUGGCAGAAUCAAGCGAGAAAGGCCAUGCAAGAAAGGCGUGAUGGCAAGUUCGACACAUACCUACAGGGGCACACGGAGGAGAUGUUUGGCGCGCAAGUUGAAGAUGACAGUCUUGACGUUACCGCAACCGAAAUUGAUUCCAGUGACGGUGAAUGGGCCAGGAAGGGUCCGAGAGGCAGUCGCAAAGAUCUUCACGUCGCACCUAGAUCUUUAGGAGAUAGCACCCAUGCUGCUGGGCUGUGA